GGAGGGCUCAGGGUAGCGACCGUUGCGGACACUGGCGAUCCCCGGGGAGGGGGCGCCUGCCAGAGGUGAUUCCUACUUGAGAAUGGAAGACUGGUCCUGCCCCCACUUCCUGUGAGCCAGCCAGCAUCCAAGUUGCUGUGGGGAUGCCUAUAAACCACCAGAAAUCAGACUCGUCGGAGAUGGACCCUGACUUGUCUCUGGGCUGCAGGCUCAGCGACCUGAGCAGAGGAGGCAGUUUGGAGAGUCGAAGUAGCAGUUCUCGCUCCAGAAGCUUCACUCUGGAUGACGAGAGUCUAAAGUACCUCACACAUGAGGAAAAGGAUGUCAUCCUGUUUUUUGAAGAGACUAUUGAUUCCCUGGAAGAUGACUUUGAGGAGCAAGCCCUGUGUGAUAGUGGGGUACACUGCCACUCCCUGCGGUCUCUGGAAGAGAGCAUUUCCAGUCACUCCGAAACAGAAGAUGUCAUCGAUCUAGUGCCACCAGGACCCCCAGCCGGGAAGCCCAAGUGCCAACCAGAGGCAGCUGAGGCAGCAGGGGCCAGACCUGAUGGAAAAGAAGACAUUCCCACCCUUGACUCUAUGAGACAAGACUCUGAAACUCCUCCCUCACCACACUCCAGAGUCCCAGAGGCCUCACCUCCCCCGCCCACCCCUGAGGCUCCUGCCCACCCUAGGAAAGAGCUGCUCUCUCCAUCUCCUCCAGCAGAGCACCCCAAACUACCCCGCUCUGUUCCUACACCACUGGUCAUCGCCCAGAAAAUUUCCGAGAAGAUGGCAGGAGAUGAAGCCCUUUCACCCACGUCCCCCUGGAAGGAGGGCAGGCCUGGGGAACGGAGGACACCGACAUCAUUAGCCCCUCGACACGGAGACCACCUCUUGGGGCACAGACAUGUGGUACAGCCAGCACCCAAGAUCCACCGCUUCCCCAGCAACAUCAGUGUGACCAACAGUGCAGGAAAGGACUUCAACAAGACCAUCUCCAAGGCGGCUGUCAACGUGCAAGAGCGCAAAGCCCGGGUCCUGGCCAACAUUAACGGUGUCUCCUUCCUCUCCGCGGGGGACAUGGAAGCUCGAGCCCCAAAGAGUGACCACACUGAGCAGAGGAGCAUCUCCCCAGAGCAAGUGAUGCGUGACCAGAGCAAGCCUGGCCCCAAGGAGGCUGCGGGAGGACAACAGUCCCGGGCCGUGCAGACGGAAAGGUCCCCGCCCUGGCCCAAUGGCUUCCAGAGCAUCCAUGAGGUCCUGAAGAGUGAGUCUAGUGCCUUUGUCUCGACUGGAAAGACUGUCACCUUCCGGCCAGACCCCACGCUCACCAGCAAACUGGCUCGUCAGAAUGCCAGCAAGAGCUUGUAUGAGCCCCGGCAGCCUGACUGUGGCCCGGAUGCCAGGAAGCGUUCGGGCUCCCUGCCCAGGGCAGGGGGGUUCAGACCCCAGGGCAUCACCGUGCAGUUCUCUGGCCGAGGCUCCACCGAGGAAGCCCGAAGGGAGGCCCUGCGGAAGCUCGGCCUGCUGAAGGAAAACUUGUGAUGGAGGAGGAGGGGCCCUGGCCUGGAGGCAGCCACAUCUCACAGAAGGAGCCAACAUACCGAUCCCCCAUCCUCAAGAAAAGGGGUGAAAUGAAAUGGUAGCAUUAAUACGGGGUUAUCAGAACUGCUGGCCUAAGCUGGAAGUGCAUGAAAGGGACAGUGGAAGGGCCACCUGCUGUCCCCUGCUGAGGACUCAGUGGUCCUGCUGAUCAAAGAACUGUCAGUGCGAAGUGACAGC